AGGCAACGAAUGCCCGUACAUCAGUGGUAGGUGGCCUCGCGCCGCCUACCAUAUAUCUAUAGAAACUUAGAAAGCGAACGACAUAGAAACAUUGAAACAGCUGAAAGAAGAGAGGCGUCUGCUUCAGUUUUUUGCAAUCUUUCUUUUAUUCUCUUCAAUCUGAGUGAUUCAUUUUUCUGUGAAAUCGAGUUGUUUGAGGAUUUAGGAGUUGUAAAAGAAGAAUGGAGGCCAAAAUUGCGCUAAAGAUGCAAUUUUCUGCAUGUAUUGACACGGAUAAAUUCGCGAGGAGACCGAGUGUUUCUUUGCCGUUCUCUCAGAAAUUAAGAGAGCAGCACGGGCAUCCUAUUUCUUGUCAUUUUCAACCUAGAAGAACUUCGAAUUGGCAAAAACAUGUUGCGUUGGAGGCUUCUGGUUCUUACAGAAAUUUUCCAGCUCCAAUAUUGGAAUCUGGAAGUUUUCCUCCUUCUUUAGACGAGGCUUUGAUUUUGAAGAAUAAGUCACAAGAGAUUCUGCCGUAUAUAGAUGGACGCUGUAUAUAUCUUGUUGGGAUGAUGGGUUCUGGAAAAACAACUAUUGGCAAGAUUUUGUCAGAAGUGCUUGGUUAUUCAUUUUGCGACAGUGACACAUUGGUGGAGCUGGCUGUCGAGGGAACUUCUGUAGCUGAAAUAUUUAACCUCUAUGGCGAGGGCUUCUUCAGAAAUAAAGAGAGUGAGACAUUGCAGAAACUGUCUUUAACGCACCAUAUGGUUGUUUCCACUGGUGGCGGUGCUGUUAUUCGGCCUAUCAACUGGAAAUACAUGGCAAAAGGAAUUAGUGUCUGGUUAGAUGUACCUUUGGAAGCCCUGGCGCAGAGAAUCUCAGCUGUAGGAACUAAUUCUCGACCCCUUUUGCAUCAUGAUUCUGGUGAUGCUUACAAUAGGACUCUCACGCGUCUAUCCAACCUUUGGAAGGAAAGGGGUGAUGCAUAUGCCAACGCCAAUGCUAGGGUUUCCCUGGAAGAGAUUGCAGCCAAAUUGGGUCACAGAGACGUAACCAAUCUCACACCAACUGUUAUUGCCAUCGAGGCACUUCUACAAAUUGAGGCCUUUCUAAAGGGGGAAGAUGGCAUGGACAUUGCAACAUUGUAACCUACCUCUCCUUGUUCUGUUUUACAGACACAUUUUAGUGCUUUAUGAUGUAUUUAAUCUGUGGGAGCCAACGAUCCUCCCUUGUUGGUGUUUUUAGUUUUGGUGGAAGAAAAGGGCGCAUGUGGUGUUUCUAUUUUUUAAAAGGGAUAUUGCACGUGUAGCUUUCUUUGCUCAUCUCUUUAUUCAUCCUGUCAAAUAGAGUGCAGUAACUACUCAAAAGUGCAUGUAAUAAACGUGAAAUGUGAUAAUGUUAUGGGAAUGAUGUUAAAAGAUGUGGAGGGUGUAGGUGUGAAGGAAAGUUGUUUAUAAUAUUUCCCUCUUAUUUCA